GAGCUUUCAGGAGCUUUCCGCCUCUUCACACAUCGACUGCAGGAAUGAAAUGGCGAUGCGGAUCUUCUCACUAUUCUUCCCAGACGGCGUCGCGUGGGUGGUGGAGCGACGGCUCGGGCUGAAGGUGGAGGCGGUCGUAGGCGCCUCCUGCUCCGUGCCCGUGCUGCGUUUGGACAAUGGCGUGAGGAUUGAGUGGCCCCUGCUGCUGCCCGUUGUCUUGUCGGGUGUCGUGGUGCCGCUCUGUUGUGCGUCGGAUCUCUUCUCGACAGGUGAGGCGAGUCACAGAGGCUGGAGGAGGUGUUGUGGUCUCAGGUGUGUGUUUGUGUGGCAGGGAGGAGCCUUGACUGUAUCUAUUACUGGGCCAUCUCCCACCUGUGCUACGCCGUCAUGUGCGUCGCUUCUCUCUUUGCCCACUGCCUGCCCCACACGAUGAGCCCUUUUUGGCUGAAGCAGAUGAUGAUUCUCGAUGUCACGGCGACAGCCUGCAGCAGCUCCUCCUUUGUCUUCGCCUCACUCACAUACACACCAAGAGGCAAUGGCGGCCGGAAAGGUCCCUGGCUGCUGCUGAGGCUGGUGCAUCUGGCUUUCAUCGCCGUGUUGAUAGCCAUCGGCGAGUCGCAGCGGCCAUUUGCGAACGAGAUUUUGUGGCUUGGCGUCACGUCGGUGUCGGUCGUCUGUGUGCUUCUGCGAGACCUCGUGUGCGGCCUGUCACCAGUUCCAUCGCACGUAAGCAGCCUACAAUAACAGCAAAGACCUCUGUCCAAUGGUGUCUUUUUUGCUGCAGGCGAAGAGGUGGCUGGGAGCCGCUCUGUUGUGUAUCGCUGUACUUGGAUCUGCUAUUUUUCUCGAGUUUGGGUGGUGUGGGAUUGUGUCUGCGUCGGCAAUCCCUGUGUCUUUCUUUGGUCACAACGUGGGCAUGGUGUGCCUGUGGUGCUAUGCACGGGCGCUGGUUGAUGAUACCGAGCCACGGAAGCAGGCUGUUUAGUGGUGUGUAUACUCGUGAUGGCGGGACCGUAGGUGUGGUCCGGAGUCAUGCGUCGAUGAGUGAGCCAUUUGCGGCUGGCAGCGCGUUCAGUAGCGCAGCUCUGUGGUUGUGUGUACGUCUUUUUCCGUGUGUGAGAGCUCAUUUGCUCAGUGUCCUGUGUGUAUAUACAGUGCAACAAUACAGGGGGCACUGGUGGGGUGGGUUGGACGAAACGAUGAACUGCCCAAUGAAUGCAUCGG